AAAUUUCAAGAACAUUAAUAGAAUUUAAAGAUCCACUCGUAUCUACUAAAAAAUUUACCUCUCAAUUCUCAAAAACACUUUCAACUAUGCCUCCUAUCGCAAAAAGUAAUCAUUAUGACUAUCUUGUUAUUGGCGGAGGUAGUGGUGGUUUGGCCUCGGCCAGGCGCGCCGGUUCGUAUGGUUUUAAGGUUGGAUUGAUAGAAUCAAGUGGUCGACUAGGUGGAACUUGUGUUAACGUUGGUUGCGUCCCUAAAAAGGUUAUGUUUAAUACUGCUUCUAUCGCUGAAGCUUUACAUGAUGCGGAACAAUAUGGUUUUGAUCUAUCUUCGAUUCCUAAAUUCAAUUGGAAUUUCCUAAAACAAAAACGUGAUGCAUACAUUAAGCGUCUUAAUGGUAUUUAUCUUAAUAAUCUUGCCAAGGAUAAUGUUGAAUAUAUUCAAGGAAAGGCAAGUUUCGUAUCCAAAAAUGUGUUAAGAGUAGAACACAAUGGACAAUCUGAAGAAAUAGAAGCGAAAAAAAUUUUAAUUGCUACUGGUGGUAGUCCUAUCCUACCGCAUGAAACUCCUGGCUUCGAAUUGGGUAUUACGAGUGAUGGUUUUUUUGAUCUUGAAGAACAGCCUAAAAAUGUUAUUGUCGUUGGUACAGGAUAUAUUGGAGUUGAGCUUGCCGGAAUAUUUAACUCCUUAGGGUCAAAUACGACCUUAAUUACCCGUUCGGCUGAACUUUUGCGUUCAUUCGAUCCAAUUAUUAAGGACACGCUCCUUGAACAAUCGAAAAAAGAGGGUAUACGUGUUCUAACGUAUGCCAAUGUACAAUCUCUAUCACGUGACUCAAAUUGUGGUCCUAUCAAAGUUAAUCUUACCUCAAAAGAAACAGACGAUGUAGUAGAAGAAUAUGAUGUUGUUCUGUGGGCCAUUGGAAGGAGUCCAAAUAUUAAAGGACUAAAUUUGGAAAAUAUUGGCGUUCAAUUAAACGAAAAAGGGUAUAUCAUUAGUGAUGAAUAUCAAAAUACCACCGUCGAAAAUAUAUAUGCUCUAGGUGAUGUUUGUGGUGUGGCACAGUUAACACCCGUUGCUAUUGCUGCGGGGAGACGAUUAUCUGAUCGUGUUUUUGGCCCUCCAGAAUUUAACAAAUAUAAACUCGAUUAUAACAAUAUUCCAACUGUUAUAUUUCAUGGUACUUGUGGCGCUGUUGGUUUGACAGAACCUGAUGCACGAAAGAAGUUUGGAGAUGAAAAUGUCAAAACUUACACUUCUAAAUUCGUAAAUUUGUAUUAUGCCAUGACUGAACAAAAACCCGCAACAGCAUAUAAACUCGUCGUAGUUGGUGAAGAAGAAAAAGUUGUUGGCGUUCAUAUCGUUGGAAGAGACUCGGCUGAAAUUUUACAAGGGUUCGCUGUAGCUGUUAAGAUGGGUGCUAAGAAAGCAGACUUUGACAAUACAGUUGCAAUACACCCUACUGCUGGAGAAGAAUUGGUAACAAUGAGAUGA